AUAUUGAUGUUCGCGUGGUUGUGACAAUUUUAACAUUAAACUCGUGUUUUAUAAUCACGGUUGUAAGAUCUACAAUAUCGACGUGAAAAAUAUAUAUCGAUUGUUGUAGUGUUGAAGGCAUUGUGUUAUCGAUAGUACAGUGUUGUUUGCAAGCCAUUUUGUUUUGCUUUCGUAGUUGCGUUUCAAUCACCCUUUUCAUCAGUUACCACUCAUCGCUUAAUUCUAUUUACUUAUGUAGAUAUUGGUCGUUGGUUGUACCUAUAUCAGUGAAUUGUGAUGCGCUAGUACAUUAGUACAUUACACAAUUUUUAAAUUAAAUUAUUUUAAUACUUAUGCGACAGUAGAAUUUUGAUGGCUGAAAUGUAGUAUGCAACAGCUGAAGACUGGCUGCUUUCCACUUACCGCUGUAGUUACUAGAUUCCAGUUGUUUUUGAGUUUUAUUUUGCAUUGACAUUCCAUGAUCCUCAGUACCGUGACAUAGUCUAUUGUUCGUUUUAAAAUUUUACAAGUAUUUUAAUGGUUUUAUUGUGCAACAGUGUGAAUGACUGGAUUGCCUAUUGAUUUUAAAUCAAAAAAAAUCACUGUGAAAAUUGAUAAUAUGAAACGCAGAAAUUAUGGUGAUUCUCCUCCUAUGUUACGUAAAAAGCGUCAUAGCAGUAUAAACAGGUAUGAUGAUAGUUCAGAUGAGCGAGGUUCACCCGAACGUUUACGCCGUAGAGCUCGAUCACCACCCAGUCCUAGAGUAUCUAGGUAUUCAGAACGUGACGAGUAUGGUCGUUCUAGGGAUUUGGAUCGAUCACAUCCCACUUAUAAAGUGUUGUGUGUGAGUGCUUUACAUCUCAAAGCAAGUGAUGAUGAAGUCAAAGAAACAUUAUAUCGAGAAUACCGUAAAUUUGGUGAAUUUUCUGUUAGAAUAUCACAUGAACUAGAUGAAAGAGUGGCUUAUGUGUGUUUUAGAAACUCAGAAGAUGCUAGAGAUGCCAAACAUAGUAAGCCUAGAAUAAGUUUGUUUGAUAAAAUAGCUUUAGUUACACCUGUUUAUGAAGGUCGUAGUUCUAGAGAUCAUUAUGAACCAAGAGCUAGACGUUCUCGAUCUCAAAGUUAUUCUCCAGAUUUUGAUCGAUAUUAUCAUAGAUCUCCUAUUCCUCCAGAACUUCAUAGGCCACAUCCAGUGGAUAGGUUUUAUGAACGAUUACCAUAUGGUGCUCUUCCCCCUAUGCUGCCACCACGAGACUUUCGAGAAAUAGGAUUGCCACCAUUACAUCCUCAUGAACUUAUGAUACCUCGAGGACCAUUAUUGCAUCAUGUGGCUCCUAUACAUCCUCAUUUAGGACCAAUUCAUCCAUUUUAUGGACCACCAAGACAUUUUAUACCUCCCUUUAGACCACACCCUCAUCCUCACUUGAUGCAUGAUAAAAAAGAUAAAUUUCCAAACUACUUGCACCACAUUCCACCAGAAGACGAUCCGUUAGCUACACGUACAUUGUUUGCUGGAAAUUUAGAAAUUUCUAUUUCGGAUGAAGAACUUCGUCGUAUAUUUGGUAGAUAUGGAGUUGUGGAAGAUAUUGAUGUUAAACGACCAUUGCCAGGAACAGGAAAUGCAUAUGCAUUUGUCCGUUAUCAGAAUUUAGAUAUGGCUCAUAGGGCCAAAGUUGAAUUAUCAGGUCAAUAUUUAGGCAAAUUUCAAUGUAAAAUUGGUUAUGGAAAAUCUACACCAACACAACGAAUAUGGGUUGGUGGUUUGGGUCCUUGGACAUCACUUGCUCAGCUAGAACGUGAAUUUGAUAGAUUUGGUGUUAUUAAAAAAAUUGAGUAUGUCAAAGGUGACAUUUGCGCCUAUAUACAGUUUGAAAGCAUUGAUGCAGCUACUGCAGCUGUCAAAGAAAUGAGAGGAGUGGCUUUAGGAGGCCCAGAACAUAAACUGAGAACAGAUUUUGCUGAUGGAGGUGUCUGUGGUAGUCCUACAUUAACUUAUUCAUCAAAGUCUAAGUCAUCACAUGAUGAUGUUGCUGCAACUGCAGGAGAUUUACGAGAAUUAACUAGACGAGAUGAAUAUCCAUAUGGUUGGCCAGAUGGUGAAUAUCCUUAUAGUUCAAGAAGUUAUCGCAAAGAUCGUACUGAAUACAGUGAAGAAAACAGAGAAUUCGGCAACUAUGAGAACGGCCGUUCAUUCAAACAGCAUUCUGUUUCUGAUAUUGGUUCUCCUCGAUCACCACUUCACCAAUCGAUUGAUAGUGAUGUAGAAUCUGAAGAAGGAGCAUUACAGUCUGCAAGUCUUUUAAGUUCUGUUCGUACUUUAGGGGAAUUGGCUAGUAAGUGUACUGAUAUAUGGCAAGGCAGUCUUGUAUUGAAGAGCUCUCAAUUCCCAGCUAAAUGCUAUUUAACUUCUGGCGAUCCUAGUGUCAUUGAAUUAAUGAUGAAAGAUGAAGAUGGUAAAUCAACUUUACGCAUAACUCAACGAUUGCGUUUAGACCAGCCAAAAUUGGAAGAUGUUUCUAAACGUAUAAUUACUGCUGAUAUGCAUGCCAUAUUUUUGGCAAUGCCUUGUUCUACUAACUCAAUUGUUAAUGAUGAUGCAUUGGUACAAAUUAGACCAUUACGUAACUUAGUAUCUUAUUUAAAGCAAAAAGAAGCUGCUGGGGUUAUAUCAUUAAUUAAUAAGGAUCCUGAACCAGCUGGUGUAUUAUAUGCAUUUCCUCCAUGUGAGUAUUCAGCCAAAUUAUUGAAACAAAGUGCAAAAAAUUUAAGCAGUGAAACAUUGAAAGAUGACCAUUUAGUUGUGGUAGUAGUUAGUGGGGGUGUUUCAUAAGAAGAUAUUCAUUUUUUAAUCAAAUUUUUAAGUAUAUUUACCUAUUAAUAAUAUAUACGGGACGUAUCCAUUUUUUUUAUAUAUAUUUACGACAUUUAAUAAUUUUAUAAUAGAAUAUAUUUAGGUUAAAUAUUUUUUUAUUGGCUACAAAUUGAUAUGACUGUUAAAUGCUACAGUAUUUAUUUUCUUAAUUUGAAAGCAUAAGUCCAUAACAAAACAAGUUAAUGUGGUUUAUGAAAUCUGUGUAAAAUUAUUAUGAUGUAUUUAAAAUUAAACAAAAAGUUUUAGUUUGAUUCAAGUUUAUAAACACAGUUUAAUUACAUGAAAACAUGUUGAGUGCAUAACAGUAUUUAUAUAGAUUGUGCUGUAAUGUAUAAUUCGUAGAACACUAUUAUAAGUUUUUUAAUAUGAAUUAAAGUGAUUCAAUUAUUUUGGUAACCAUUUAAAAUAUUAAAA